AUGGCGCGGUUAUGUGUGCUGCUAUUUGUUCUCCUUGCCCAAUUCUUGUCGGCAUGGGGUCUACCGACAUAUGUGCCCCCUGUUCGCAUACGGGAGUUCAACCUGACGGUGACAUGGGAGAAGCAUGCACCAGAUGGCUUCGAGCGAUACAUGUUCUUGAUCAAUGGCCAGUCUCCGGGUCCUACGCUCGAGGUUGAUCAGGAUGACUGGGUCGUUGUCCGUGUGCAAAAUGACUCUCCUCAAAACACUACGGUUCACUUUCAUGGCAUUGAGAUGUUAAACACCCCAUGGUCCGACGGCGUCCCAGGACUCUCCCAACGUGCCAUCGCCCCCGGAUGCAGCUUUAUCCACGAAUUUGCAGCUACUCAAUACGGCAGCUUCUGGUACCACUCUCACUUCCACGGCCAGAUUGAGGACGGACUGUACGGCCCCAUUAUAAUCCACCCUCGUCCGCAAGACCCGAAGCCUUUCCAUCUGAUAUCUGCCGACCCUCUGGCUAUUGCUGCCAUGACUGAGGCCGAACGCACCGUCAAGCCCCUUGCCAUCGCCGAUUUCAACCACUUCACGUCCGAAGAGAAAUGGAACAUCGCAUUGGCCAGUGGCGUCGAGGAUUCGUGCUAUGAUUCCAUCCUCUUCAAUGGAAAAGGACGAGUCCAAUGUCUUCCAAGUGCUGAGGUGGCUGCCAAUCUCAACGAUGAUCAAAAGGCUUUUUUGGCUCUUGGCAAUGCAACUUCGAUGACAGACAAAUCUUGUCUCCCGCCCUCAUCUCUGGCUGCAGUGGGCGGCGACCCCUCCGCCGCCAAUCUUUCUGCCAUCCCAGCAGGAGCAUUUUCCGGCUGCAAAGAGACUAAAGGCUCGAUCGAGAUCAUACAAGCCGAGCUCUCGUCUAUUUCCACCCACCAAUGGAUCGCAAUCGACAUCAUCGGCUCCAUCAACUUCAUGACGGCCAUGGUGUCCAUAGACGAGCACGACAUGUGGGUAUAUGCCAUGGACGGGUCGUACAUUCAUCCGCAAAAGGUGCAAGCCUUGGUUCUCACCAACGGUGACCGAUACAGCGUCAUGUUGAAGAUUAGCAAAGCCGGACGAUUCAACAUUCGAUGCAAUUCCAUCAGCGACCCGCAGAUCCUUGUCGGACAUGCUGUUUUGGAUAUUCACAGCAGCUGCGGAAAUACCAACACCGGAGAGUCGAAGCCAUACAUCAGCAUCGCUGGAGUGCCUGUAUCAAAGAACGUGGUAGUCUUUAACCAAUCUACCGCAGCGCCAUUCCCACCGGAGCCAAUUGCCCAAAAGGCAGAUGUCACGUACAAGCUCAACAUGAAGAUCGACGGCGCAUCGUAUCUAUGGGCACUCAACUCCAGUCGUCUUAUGCCCGCCGAUCUGGACAACUCUAAUGAACCUCCUGUCUUGUUCCGACACCCUGAGCCCAUACAGAACAACGUCACCAUCUCGACUUAUAACGGCACCUGGGUCGACCUGGUACUUUUCGCAAGCACAUUUCCCAUGCCUCCCCACCCAAUCCACAAGCACAGCAACAAAAUGUUCCAGAUUGGCGCAGGCAACGGUGACUUUACCUGGGACUCAGUUGAAGAAGCAAUCAAGGAGAAACCUGAGCUGUUCAAUAUCGCCAACCCGCCUCGCAGAGAUAGUAUCGCGUCAUUGCCAGCCAUCACUGGAACAUCGUGGGUUGUGGUUCGAUAUCAGGUCGUGAAUCCGGGUGCUUGGUUGCUGCAUUGUCAUAUUAGCAACCAUCUGUUGGGAGGCAUGUCUAUCAUUAUUCGGGAUGGCGUGGACAAGUGGCCGACGGUUCCUGAAAAGUAUUUGGAUGGUAAAUUUUGA